AUGUCAUCUGAAGUGAAGACAGAAUUCCUCGUGGUGGGCGCAGGUCCAGCAGGAGCAGCUCUUGCAAGUUUCCUCGGGCAGAAUGGCUUGAAGGGACUGAUGAUUGCUGGUGCUUCUGGCACGGCAGACACGCCCAGAGCUCACCUCGUCAACCCGUUUACGCUGGAGUGCCUACGUGAUAUCUCGGUGGAAGACGACGCCAUGAGGCUGUCUCUGCCGCCUGAGAUGAUCGGAGCGUUUCGAUACGCCCGCAGUCUCCUAGGCGAGGAGCUGGGGAAGGUGGAGCACUGGGAGGGCGUCCCCGAAAACGCGAUGAACGUGAAGAAAUACACGCCGUCCAGGUGGGUCGACCUCCCGCAGACAUACCUCGAUCCGAUCCUGGUCAAGCAUGCCUCGCACCACGGGUUCCCAGUCCGCUUCUCGACGCAGCUCGUCUCUGCAGAGAAGGACUCUGCGACCGGAGAGUGGGUUUGCACCGUGAAGGACCUCAUCCGCAACGACACUUAUCGCAUCCGGACCAAGUUCCUAUUCGGCGCCGACGGGGGCCGCAGCCAGGUCGCGACGUCUACGAAUGCCAGGCUCGCAGCGGCGCCUUCACAGGGGAUCGCCUGCAACAUCUUGUUCAGGGCUGACCUGUCCCACCUGAUGGAGGGGAAACAGGCGCAGCUGCACACCAUCAUCAACCCAGCCGCCAACUCACGGUUCGGCAAUGGGCCCAUCAUGCGGAUGAUCCGCCCCUUCCACGAGUGGAUGAUAGUCACCAUCUUUCCGGGCAUCACAUCCGACCAGGACCCGUUCAAGGGCAUCAGCCCAGAAGACCCAGAGCUCAUCUCGUGGGUGCGCGAAAAAGUCGGCCUGGACGACAACCCACUGACCAAGGACAUAGAGGUCAAGAUCCACCGGCUUGACCCGUGGGUUGUCAGGGAGACAGUGGCAGAAGACUAUAUCCCUGAGGACAACGCGUUCCUGCUGGGCGAUGUGGCACACCGACACCCACCCGCGUAUGGCCUCGGAAGCAACACUUGCGUGCAGGAUGGGUACAACCUGGGCUGGAAGGCCGCAUUCGUCGCCAAGGGUCUCGCCGGGCCGGAGCUCCUCAAGACGUACAACACAGAGCGGCAGCCCGUGGGCGCGCAGCUGGUCAGGGAGGCCAACCAAUGCCUGCUCACGCACAUAGAUGUGUGGGCGGCACUCGGCAUGGUGGCCGAGACACCGGAGGAGCGCAAGCGGGCCCACGGCAUCCUGACUGAGGCUUCGCCGGAGGGAGAGGCCCAGCGCCGGCGACUUCACGAUGCCCUUGAGAAGAAGAUGGGGGAGGGCAAGAGCCUCGGGCUGUGCAUGAACCAAUGGUACGAGUCGUCGGCCGUGUAUCUCGACGACGAGCCGGGGCCGCGAGCCGUGCCGGAGGGUUUCGAUCGGAUCGCGGAUCCACAUGUGUCGACGUACCCGGGCACUCGGCUACCGCAUGCCUGGCUGGACACGCCGGUGAGGAGGAGGGCCAUCUCGACACACGACCUGGCCGGAAAGGGGGCGUUCUGUCUGCUGACGGGGUACGGGGGAGAGGGCUGGGAAGAGGCGGCCCGCAAGAUCUCGCAGAAGACAGGGAUUCCGAUCAACACGCACAGGAUCGGGUUCGGCCUUGACUGGCAGGACGUGUAUCGCGAGUGGUAUGAGAGGAGGGGCGUGGAGGACUCUGGGUGCGUCCUGGUGCGGCCGGACCGGUUCGUUGCGUGGAGAAGCCAAAAGGUGGUCGAGGACUGCGAGGGCAAACUGGCGGCCGUGCUAGACAAGAUCCUGUCCCGCAGCUAG